AUGGCGCUCACGAAGAUUCCCACAGCAAUCGCGACUGGAGCUGCAUCUGGUAUUGGACUCGCAUUGACCAAGAGACUCCACCAAGCUGGCUACAAGGUUUACAUGGCCGAUAUCUCACCACAAGGCUCCACCGUAGCCUCAUCAGUCGCCGCACUCAGCAGGCAGGCAGCUACCCGCACCCUCAUUCAUCCAUACCGAUUAUUCGCCGACAGCGGUCGAAUCGAUGUUCACGCAGCGAAUGCAGGGAUAUCCGAUAGCGACGACAUGUACUCGACAGUGUCCACUUCGGAACCAAGCAAGCCAAAUCUCAAGACCCUCGAUGUCGACUUCAACGGCGUACUUUAUGGACUCCGUCUUUUCGUCCACUAUGCACGCAAGCAGAAAGCCGAAUCAGCACCGGAGAAUGAGACUCCACAAAAGAAGUUCAUCGUCACAUCGCCACAAAUGGGCAUCUACCGAUUCACAACGAACCCAAUCUAUAGCGCGGCAAAGUACGCAUUAGUUGGGCUGGUGAGAAGCCUUGGCCCCACGUUUCUGAUAUCAGACAAUAUCGCCGUCAACGCCAUCCUGCCAGCUUUCAUAGACACAGGCCUUGGUCCUCCGGGGCUGAUUGAGAAAGUUCGAGCAUCGGGCAAUAGCACAUCGAUGGAGACUAUGAUGCGAGCGUACCAAUACUUGCUUGAGGAGGACACACACCGUGGCAAGAUCGUGGAGGCAAGCGGCGAGAAUCUGUAUUGGAGAGAGCACCCUUCAUUCCAAGAUGGCAUAGCGAAAUGGCUCGUGGAACAUCCUGAAGGAGUCUGGAAAGAGGCGUACGAGCAGAAGAAGGCGAGCAUGGCUGCAGCGUGA